GUUCGCGCGUUUAUCGAUAGGCAAUGUUUUGGUUCUGUUUGUCUUCGGCAUAAAAUACUUUUCAUGCGGAUUUUACGACAAUUUAAAAGCAUUCUACGUUUGGCAAGUUGUGAAUGUUAUAACGGUGCGUAGACUUACCAAGUCGGCAGCAAAUCAGCGGUUGUAAACAAUUCUCGUGGUUGUCGAAAAUGCAAAGCCCCAAACGCCUGCGAAAUGCACAGACCCAGCACGGAGAUGCCUUAUCGGUGGACGUGGAGAACAUAUUUCUGCACCGGUUCAUGUUGUCCACAAACCCAACCCUAGCAUCUACUACAAACGAACAAGAUCAGUCCUCCAAAUGUGUGUGGUAUCCAGAUGAUACGACUGCAGAUCCUACAGACCACACAGAUCCCCCGAUUUUGUUAUCAGAUGAACCGCUUGAAGUAGCACAUUUACCAGAAAAACGAAAGGCUAACAACUCAGAAGACGAAAGCAAUGCGAAAAAAGUAAAAUUAGAUGCAAAUGGGCUCAAAACCAAACGUCCUGGAUUCAAUGAAGAAAGAUACGAAGAAACUUCGUAUUAUUUUGAGAAUGGACUUAGAAAGGUGUAUCCAUAUUUUUUCACAUUUACUACAUUCGCCAAAGGGCGUUGGGUUGACGAGAAAAUUCUGGAUGUGUUUGUCCGUGAGUUUCGAGCUGCUCCUCCCGAAGAAUACGAGCGCAGCCUGGAAGCUGGAAAAUUGACUGUUAAUUAUGAAAAAGUGCCUAAGGACUAUAAAAUCAAACACAACGAUUUGCUGGCCAAUGUCGUGCAUAGACACGAAGUCCCUGUUACUUCACAGCCCAUCAAGGUAGUGUACAUGGACAAGGAUAUUGUGGUUGUGAAUAAGCCGGCGUCAAUACCAGUACAUCCAUGUGGGCGAUAUAGACAUAACACCGUGGUUUUUAUUCUGGCCAAGGAGCACAACCUAAAAAACCUGAGAACAAUUCACAGACUGGAUCGACUGACAUCUGGUCUUCUUUUGUUCGGGCGCACUGCCGAAAAGGCCCGCGAAUUGGAGCUACAAAUCCGAACUAGACAAGUCCAGAAAGAAUACGUGUGUCGCGUUGAAGGGCGUUUUCCGGAUGGUAUAGUUGAAUGCAAUGAAAAAAUAGACGUUGUGAGCUACAAAAUCGGUGUUUGUAAGGUUUCACCAAAGGGCAAGGACUGUAAAACUACGUUUCAAAGAAUUGGUGAAGUGGGAGAUGACAGCAUUGUUUUAUGCAAACCUCUUACAGGACGUAUGCACCAAAUAAGAGUACACCUACAGUAUUUGGGCUAUCCUAUUUCAAAUGAUCCCUUAUACAACCACGAAGUCUUUGGUCCCUUAAAAGGACGAGGAGGAGACAUCGGUGGUAUAACUGAAGAACAGUUGAUCAAUAACCUAAUUACCAUUCAUAAUGCCGAAAAUUGGUUGGGUCUUGAAGGAGAAAAAGUCCCGACAACGGAAAUCCAAAGUGAAUUAAAAACUACUUCAGCAGUGAAGGUACCAAUAGAUACUAAAGCUCCGGAACCCGUAAUUCCAGCAACAAACGAAUCAAUCAAUGAAGCUGCCACCCAAACUUGCUAUGAAGAACCAGACAGGUCUUUUGACUCAGAAAAGACAACUUCGGAUCCGCAUUGUUCUGAAUGCAAAGUCAACUACAGAGACCCCGGCCCAAAGGAUCUUAUAAUGUUCCUUCAUGCAUGGAAAUAUAGGGGUGUCGGUUGGGAAUACGAAACAGAACUACCGGAGUGGGCUUGUAAAACGACUAUAAAUUAUGAUCAGUUGUGAAUCAAUAAACUUGAUUGACUUUUUAAACAAUAA